ACCUUGCAUGAAAACGUUUUGAAACGCUUGACGCCCUUUCGUGUUUGUGCCUUUGUCCCGGGUCUCUGCUUCAAAGAGCGGCAGUGUAUUUGACUAUUCUGAACCGUCAUGAGUCGGCGCCAGACACCCAGCGAGUUCUUGAAGCAAAUCAUCGGGAGGCCUGUCGUGGUGAAGCUAAAUUCUGGACUUGAUUAUCGAGGUGUUCUGGCAUGUCUGGACGGCUACAUGAACAUAGCCUUGGAGCAAACGGAGGAAUAUGUGAAUGGGCAGCUGAAAAACAAGUAUGGAGACGCCUUCAUAAGGGGCAACAAUGUCUUGUACAUCAGCACACAGAAACGGAGGAUAUGACGGGACCGUGACAUCAGACGGGCGAUUCUUGAGCUUGCGUUUUAUCGGCUGCAACAAUCAAUGUGGUGAAGAACUUCUUUUUCUCUUUUUUUAAGUAAAUGAAGAAUGUUUGCAAAUGCA